CUCAGCUUGGCGAGCUUAUCUAGUAAGUGAUAGCCAUUAUCAACAAGUUUUACAGUUGGGUUUAACAUGUAUUUGAUCGUAGCCGUGCUGAGAUGGACCCGACCAUUCUUAGACCACAGCAUUGCUUUGUCUUAGGUCUUUGCUCCGGGCUUCUCUCCGCCACAGCAGUUGCAGCUGCUAACAACGUACCGCAACUCAUUACCGCAGCCCAUGAGGUGAUCCGGGUCGCUCUCAGACUAGGAAUCAGCGUCCAGCAAAGGGGACUCCUGCAUGAACAAGUCUAUAUCAGCGCCGAGGUGGGACCUGGUCUGACUCUGAGCGGGUCCCCAAGCACCUUGAACGAUAUUUCCCAGAUGCUUGGGGCCGUUCAAAAUUGCCGAAAACAGCGGCUGCCAAUAUAUACCGCCUUCCAUGCCUCUCAUCUUCAUCCGCCACGCAUGGAGGAUAUUGUAGCUACCUAUCCGAUUUUGCUCAGGUACGGCGUAUCAACAUUCCUCUCUCCCAGUUCUGAUCUUCCUUAUCCGGCAGCAAAUUUCGCCGAGCUUCUGAGUCAGGUCGUGCAAGAAAUCUGCCAGCAACCUCUCGUCCCGCUCAAGGCAAUGAAGUCCAUUAUUAAGGAUGUAAUUGAAAGAGAGGUGCAACCCGUCCAAGUGACGCUUCUGGGAGCCCCCAACCUCGAGAAAUUUAUUUCUUGGACCCUUCAUGACAGCGGGCUUACAGUUGUUCCUGAGGAGCCAUCGUCUUUGAUUUAUUUCCCUACACUGGAGACGCCUCCAGAUGCGAUUGCGGUGGUGGGCGUAUCGGUGAGAUUGCCUGGCUGUGAGAAUCUCGAGGAAUUUUGGAAUAUACUGCGAGAUGCAAAGGAUUUGCAUCGUAAAGUGCCAAAGGAUCGAUUCGAUAUUGAUCUGCAUUGUGACCCAAACGGAAAGGUCAAAAACAGUUCACUAUCAGCCUUCGGAUGUUUUAUUGACCGUCGUGGCCUAUUUGACGCAAGAUUGUUUAAUGUCUCACCACGUGAAGCAAACCAAAUGGACCCAAGCCAUCGCCGGCUACUCAUGGCAACGUAUGAGGCCCUUGAGCUGGCUGGGUACCGCGGUGCCGUAGGAGCGGAAGACCAGCGUGUCGGGACAUUUAUAGGUCUAACCGCAGAUGACUGGCGUGAGUACAAUAUAAGUCAAGACAUCGAUCUAUACUACGUUCCGGGCGGAUUGCGAGCGUUUGGUUCCGGACGGCUCAACUACUAUUCAAGUGGGAUGGACCUUCGUAUGCAGUUGAUAUGGCCUGCUCCUCUAGUGCAGCAGCUCUGGAUCUUGCAUGCUCGUCUAUACUGCGUGGAAGAUGUGACAUGGCUGUUACGGAAGGAGCAAACAUCAUGA